AUGGUGUGGUGAGAGUCAUUCACAUUGUUAAAUACGGUCCUCGUGUUUGAAUAACAGAUGAUAAAUAAAGUGAUAAGGACAAUAAAGUUCGAAAUCAGUAACGACUGGCGGCUUUAGUGCUAGUGUAAUUGAUCCGUGACGUCGUGUGUACAGGGCGAUUGUUUUUUUAGUAAGUUUAGUAGUGCUUGACCUCAGAUGGAUGAAUUUGUGUCGUACCGCGAAAAAAUACAGUGUUAAGUAGUUUACGGGCAGACAGCAGCGUGAGUUGGAGUGGGGAAAUGUAAAGCUUUAGUGGCUUUUGGUCCCGCCGACUUCGCGAGGGUGAUCUAUCUGCACCCUGGAUUUUCGGCGGGGUGCACUCAACGAAUCUACCUCCCACAACCCCCAAAGAACUUUUCUCCAUCGAAGAAAGCUACUUCCAACAAAUCAUCAGCGACAACAUGGAGAACGACCUGCGAGAAAUCCUCCGCGAGAAAGCUGAAAAGCACCGCGACUAUUACAAUUCGCUGAUAGGUACCGACAUUACCGACUCCAUUAGUUCGCCUUCCGACCAAACGAUGGUAGUACCGGUACCGAUCGCGGUUUCGGACGCGCCGGUGACGACAGAAUUACCUGAGCCUAGUAGUACGGGGUCUACUACCACAAAACCGAGGCAAAGAAGACGGGGUGUUUAUGAAAUUGAAGGAAUGCUACCGGAACCUACCGAGUUCAAAAGUGUCAAGCUGCUACGGGAAAAUUACAUCGCGAUGUUAGAGAAAACCUCGAAACAACUCUCGCGAGUGUCGGAAAGCCGCGACGAAAACUCGGAAAUUUCGGAUGAAAAGCCGGAAAUUUUGGAAAAAUCGGAACUGCUGGUACCACCGUCCAGCGGGUACAGUAGUUCGACCGCUUCCGGGGCUAGUGACGAUGAGCGCGAAAAGAAUUGGAGGAAGAUCGAGAGACGAAGCGGCAGCUCUGAUUCAGCUGUUCAGAGCGACGAGGAGGGACCGAUUCAGUCAAAUUGGGGGGAGAAGAAGGAGGAGAUUUUUCCUAUUGAUGGAUACCAGCCAAGAAGCCCUUAUAGUCCUCGAUGUUCCGUAGAUCAUUCCAAUGUUCCAAGCAAGACCAUAAUCGAAGCUCAUUAUGUUCCUCUUCCGCUGGAUAGAAAGUUUAGCGUUGAUGUCAUCAGCGAAACUAAUUCGGACACGUUCGAUGAAAGUCGUCGGCAUAGUUGUUUUAGUGAAGGGGCGGAAGAUCAACCGCGGUAUCGGUACUGGCGUACCCCGUCAGUCGUGGUUAGUGAUUAUUCGGACGACAUUAUGGGCCUAACGUUGGAAGAUAUCGAAUAUAUUCGUAGUCGACGGGAUAACUCGAUAUCCCCGGAUUCGAGCCUGCAUAGUUCGUGUAGCAAUUUAAAUUUUUGCGGUUCGACUAUAAGUGGUUUAGAUGGUGAUUACGUAUUGUGCCAACCGUACAGGAAGUCAUCUAAUUGCUCGACUUGUUCAACGUUAAGUGAUGAAGAGGAGUCGCCUGUUGGAGAUACUUUGCUGCAACCACAUAAAAAUAGAGAGCCUUCCGGUUGGAGAAAGUUAAGAAACAUCGUUCAAUGGACGCCGUUCUUUCAAACCUACAAAAAGCAAAGAUAUCCCUGGGUACAGUUAGCUGGACAUCAAGGAAACUUCAAGGCUGGGCCUGACCAAGGCACGAUUCUGAAGAAGCUUUGUGCGAAGGAAGAAAAAUGUUUUAAGAUUCUAAUGAAGGAUGUACUGAGGCCGUAUGUUCCUGAGUACAAGGGUUUGGUAACCAGUGAUGACGGAGAAUGUUCCUAUAUUCAACUACAGGAUCUCUUAGGAGACUUCGUAUCACCAUGUGUGAUGGAUUGCAAGAUCGGAGUCAGAACUUAUCUAGAAGAAGAACUAGCUAAAGCGAAGGAAAAACCAAAAUUGAGGAAGGAUAUGUACGACAAAAUGUGCCAGAUUGACCAGACCGCGCCGACUGACGAAGAACACAAGCUUAAAGGAGUUACAAAACCAAGGUACAUGGUUUGGAGAGAAACGAUUUCUUCGACGGCAACAUUAGGCUUUAGAAUUGAGGGUAUUCGCAGCGCUGACGGUACGUCCACGAAGGACUUUAAGACUACCAAGACCAAAGACCAAGUUAUGGCCGCGUUCGAGAAGUUCACCGACGGAUUUCCACAUGCCAUACCUAAAUAUAUCCAGAGGCUGAAAGCUAUUAAAGCAACUUUGGAAACUUCCCAAUUUUUCAAUUCACAUGAGGUGAUUGGAAGUUCAUUGUUGUUUGUUCACGAUCGAUUCAACGCCAACGUCUGGCUGAUAGACUUUGCCAAAACCAUCGUUCUUCCAGAAAACGUCAAAAUAACGCACAGCUCGAAGUGGAAAGUAGGCAACCACGAAGACGGUUACUUAAUCGGCGUAAACAACCUUAUAAAGAUAUACAUGAACAUGCUGGAGCAACAACCGGUAACAGUGAGUCCUCCGUUAGCUCUGCAGGACCCCCCUGAGGUAGCACAAGAUUCCGUGGAGAAGACUUGACGGAGAAAUCGAACGUUCAAUACAAAAAGUCAAACUAAUUAUGUGAUGAUACGCUUUUUCGCAGAAUUUUAUGUAAUAAUUCAGGUUUUACACAUCAGACGAGGCUUUAUAAGAGAAUAUUUUACAAUUGUAUAGAAUAGUGUACAGGAAUUGUUUUUACAAUUUCUUUUUCAGUUUUUACAUCCUUAUAGUGAAUGUAUAAGGAAAGUUGUUGAGUUGAGGUGUUGUCUUGUUGUAUAUAUUAGUUUAUUAUUUAUUGUUAAUCUUUAUGGAUACUGUAUAAUAUUGAGACGAGCUAUAUGCACUGAUUUUGCUAUAUUGAAUUCUGUUCAGGACCUAAUGAUAUAUUAUCAUACUUAAAUUUGAAUAAAUUUAUUCUUUAGCUGUC